UAUCAUCCACCCUGCAGAGUGUGUGGGGGAGAAAUUCAUUGUAUCCUCACUUUAAGACAUUGUUAUAUAAUAGCCUACAUACAUGCAGGGUCUUUCUUAUUUUUUCCUCUUGCUCCUGAUCCGAGUGUCCUCAGGUACCUUCAAAGUCAUCGGCCUGGUUGGACACAAUGUCACUUUGCCGUGUAGUUAUGACGCCCAAACUUACGGCGUCCUGUGUAUCUGUUGGGGACAAGGGAACGUUCCUCGGUCCAAAUGUUCCAGCACCAUCCUCUCCUCCCAGGACGGGGCUGUGUCUUUCAGGCGGUCCCCCAGGUACCAACUGCAGGGUCGGGUGACAGACGGAGACGUUUCCCUGACCAUCCUGGAUGCUCAGUGGGAUGAUGCUGGUAUGUACGGCUGCAGGGUCGAGUAUCCCGGCUGGUUCAAUGACUACAAGGUCAACACACAGCUUAUUAUGGAGGAAGCUCCUGUGGAACAACCCAUUACCCAGAACUGUACACUUUCUACCGUUGAGGGAAAAGGUGAACAAACAGGAACGCUGACAACAUUUGCAACUAAAAAUGUAGAAGAUGAUCAUGAGUCAUGGAGCAACAUGGGUUUUACUGGGAGAGUAAGAGUUGAGGAGAACUUCAAAGGCUUCCUGGCAGUGGGGAACAUUGGCAGGGUGGCAGCUAUUUUCUUCUCCAUAAUCAUAAUCCUCGUCUUUAUUUUCCGUCGGAUGCUUCUGUCCAGGGACGAUGGACAUCGGCUCAACACCUCAACUGCUGGGAAUAUCUAUGAAAGCAUCCCAGUGCCUUAAAGACAGCAAACGUAAUUGGAGCACAGAUUUCUAUAAGCAACUUCAGACUGCAAAAGUAGCCACGUGUCAUGUGUCAAAAAUCUCAAACUCAUUAAAUAACAGUUUGAACUCUUUUGGAAAUGGGAACACAAAUGACCCAUUUCCACAGUAAAGCAGCUUAUAUUCUCAGAUGGCACUGAAAAGGGUAAAUGUGAGUCAGAAGAUGCAACACUAUCCUGCACAUAAAUUCAUUUGCUUUUAAUUUCUGAUUUUCUGUGUUUGCCCUGAAAAGUAUGUGACUAGUUUAUGCUUGUGGCCACAAUGCCACCUACUGGCCUGACUGAAUACUGUUAUCACAAUCCUCAGUAAUGUGAAAAACACCGUUUGGUGGUAAAGCGAAGAUAGGAGCUGAAAUUAUAAGAGGCUGGGAGACAUGUGAAGACAGUUCUCCACUGUGUAUCACAUAACUAUGGCCACACACACAUAUUUCCAACAUAUUAUAGGUGCAUGUAAACCUGUAAACUACAUUUAACCACAUUAUUGUUAAUUUUAUGAUGAAAUAGAAAGAUGUGGCUCAAUUUAACUGUGAAACAUUAAGAACCAAAAUUAUUCAGUAAAGUAAAAUGAGUUUCCACCUCUUCUUAUGUGAUCUUUCUUUCUUUCUUUCUUUCUUUUCUAAAUAAAAUGUGCCGCUUUUA